UGACAAACGCCACUCCAGUCCUCAGUCACCGUCCACCGCCACCCACCACGUGCCGCCGCCGCGGUCCUGGUCCAAUGCCCGUACCCGAUGCCAACGCGACACAGGGUCCGCAACCACCACCACGAUCAGCCCACAUGACACAGAAUCCGCCAAACUGGAUCUGACUAGAAGACUUUCAUUUAGAACGUCCGGCACUGCAGUGUGAAUGUAGUGAUCAGAGGCAGUAUUAAUGAUUACAACCGUCUGAUGAUGAAGUUGAAGACACGUGUAACUCUGUAUAAUUCCUCCAAACAGAAACAUGUCCUUUGGCCCUCUGUCACGUGAACACUGUCACCAUGACAACCAGCUCUCAACAACCUGCGGACACUGUUGCUAGCUGUGCCGUUGAUACAAGCUGUAGUUAAGAUAAGUUACAGUUACUUUUAGAAAUGUCGCGGGCUCACGCGGAAAACGUGAUUAAAAACAUCAUCCGUGAGAUAGUGCAGGAGUGUGCGGUGAGGGGACAUGUCGUGUCGGACACUUUGGUUGCUUUUAUGGUGAAAGCUGUUGUUCUGGACCCAAGAAAUGGAUUCAAUGUUGAUCGCACACUGACCAAACAAGAUGUCCAGAAACUUGAGGAGUUGUGUCUGGAUAAACUGAUGGAAAAGUGCAGCCCCUCCCUUGACACCAUCAAAAUGCAAGUGUAUUUUGAUCUAAAUUACGCUUCCCGACGUGAGUUUCUUGAGGAAAUCCAGCGGGUGGUGGACUCCAGGCUAAGCCCAGUUAGCAGAGACAUCACUGACAGCAGGGUGAAAACACGAGAGGAACUAGAUGCUCUGUACCGUAAAAUCAUCACAUACAUCGUGCUUCGCUCCGGCAUGGGUUCACCUACAGAUGACAAAACUCUGCAAGAGGCUGCAGCUGCUCUGCAAAGUGUCUUUCCUCCGACUGAACUGGGAACCUUCAUAGUGCUUUCAAAGAAGGAGAAGGAGAAGCAGCUUAAUGAACUUACCAUGAUUGUAACAGGGAUCCGAAUCUUCAACAAAGCCAGCAGGAAGAGAGGGGAGGAAACUGACCUUCGUGAACUAAUGCCGGACGUUCUAAAUGAAAGUCUUCCAGUCAUCAGUAACAGUAUGGAGAAGGAGCUGAGUGCGUCACAGAGUUUGGCAUGGAAAUACACGGCUGUGCUGGAGAAGCUGAUGGACUCUGACCAUCAGCCUGAAGAACUUGACGUGUCCUCUAUCUUGCUCAGACAGGCUCUCUACAACAUCAGGCAGCACGAAGUAUUCCUCAAAAUGUUACUGGCUGAUGCAUGUCUGUGUGCCAAGCGUGUUGAAUUCUUGCAGACGGAGCUCUCAUCACAGAUGAAGCUGCUGAAAGAAACCGUUCAGUCAAAGACAGCGGUACCCACUGCAAAUGUUUUUCCAUUGUUCAAAGCCCUGUCAGACGUGUGGUCUGGACUUCGGGAUGAGGCUGAGCUUCUGAGCAUCCUCAAUAACAUCAACCUCAGUCUGCAGCCCCUCAUCACCUCUCAGGCCAAACAUUUUUCUGAAGCUUAUCUGGAUGACCUGCUGGAGGCGUCAGAGGUGAAGACAGAUGAACAGAGACUGACUGAGUCCUCGGAUGAGCGCAUUAUUCAAGCUGAAAUGAAGACACAGGAAUGGCUCCUGCCUGAAGCAACAUCUAGUUUUAAUGAUCUGUUGUUACAGUAUAAUGGAGUCUGUGGCUACACACUUGUGAACCAUGACGGGCUUCUUCUUCCAGGUAAUCCACACAUUGGAAUCAUGAUUCAUAAAGAGAAGCUUUAUGCUUUUAGCUCCAAAGAAGCAGCCUUGAAAUUUGCCUCUCGUCCAGACGACCUCAUUGCUGAGGUCGCAGAAAAAGCCAAGCUCUUUCCUGAACUCAUUCAGCUUCUCAAACUCCACCAACAGCUCUCCUGUGUCAGUCCAUACUGUGAGAUGGAUCCAGGAGAGAGUUUGCUGGUGAAGCCCAUCACUAAGUGUGAGAGCAGCACGCAGACUGACCUACACCCAGUGGAGACAAACAAAGUCAAGUCAUAUGAGUGGAAUGAGUGGGAACUGCGGAAGAAAGCCAUCAGACAGGCUAAUCUUCGUACCAAAGUUACGCACUCAGCACAGACUGAUCUGAGCCACAUGAGGCGGGAAAACAUCACUCAGACCUGGCUGCCCAAGGACGCCGCCUGUCAAAGCAAGAGAGACGGUGAGAGCAACGUGCCCAGGCCUCAGGUCUACCUUGCAGGUCUGAGGGGACAAAGAGACGGACACAUGGCUAAAACUAACCUUACCAGAUCUGUGGAUGAUUAAUCAAGUGUCAUUCUUGACUCCACCCUCUCCUUCCGAUCCCACAUCAAGUCCAUCACGAAAUCCCGCUUUGCUGCAGCUCCUCUCCUGAUCGUCAGUCGCUCCGUCGCCCACUGCCCGCUCGCUGUAGGCCAGCAUCUACCUCCACAGGAAGGUCUAUUGUGCGAUCUUUAUUGUAGUUAAUUAUUGUGAAUUCAAAUGUAAUUAGAAAUGGUCAGACAGAAGAGGUUUUCGGGAAAAUAUGAAAUAUUAAAUUUUUAAGUCAGAAGUCAGAACAAGAUCAAGAGUUCGAUAAAAAAACAGUGAGUUAGUGUGGUUAUUUACAUGUUGAAUAAAACCACUGGAGUCUAUCAGUGAAUUAAAUGCAGAACUAAGGCUGUCAUUAGCAAUAUUGUGAUUUGCAAGUAGGAUGUACGAGGGUUAGGAUGAGACUUUCAAAUGUACCUGUAGGUUGAGUGUUGAAUGAUAAGUCAGAUUUAAAGAUGGCUGUGACCCCUCCACCUCUAGCUUUGUUUCGAGGACUGUGAGUUUUAAUUUGGGUAGGGGGCUUUGCUUUAUUUAAACCCACAUAUUCAGCCAGGUUUCAAUCAAACAGAAUCAAUCAAAUUGGUGAUCCAUUAUCAGAUCAUCACAAGUAGACCCUUUGAUCUGAAUGACUUUCUAUUUAAUCUGCAACAUUUUAUCGUUAUAUUUUUGGUUCUAUAGUGCUUGUAUUC